AUGGCUUCUACGAUAUCUGUUGCGCGGAGCUGGCCUCCUGCGCCGAUUGUUGAAGAUGAAGUUGAAUCCGUCCUCCAUGAGAUCUUCGAAGAUGGUUCUGCCGUCAAUGUGAACCAAGAUGAUGUUCCCGUGUUGUCGAAAGGAUCCAUUGAUCAGUAUCCUAUACUCGUCCCCGUGGAGGUACAGGAACCAUUCCCAGCUCUCGCGGAAUCCGACGCGAAGAGACGCUGCAAUGUUGAAGCAAACUCCGCACGAAAGCUCCCUGGACGCGAGCCCCUUUCUCCUGGUCUUCCGCGUCGGGCCUUGUCCACUUCUGAUGCCACCCGACGCAAGAAGAAAGGGAACAGGGUCCGCUUCGUGGAGCCGGAUGAUGAUGACAAGAAAUGGAAACAUAAGCCUGGUUUGGACCCAUCGCCACCACAGUUUCUCGGAUCCCUAGCUAAUGAAAUUGAAGAAGCCCAGCAGUUACCGUUAACUUCAAGAUACGCCAGAGAGCCUUCUGACGCACUGGAUCACGACAUGUACAAACGCCAUGCUUCUCGCGCUGAUGGAGACAAGCAUCUUUCUCGCGUGUCUCGACCACAUUCGCAGCAUCCUGCUGAUGUCUUUGAUGAUCUCGACAACCCUCGACACACAAGCCGACGGUUAAGCUGGAAUACAUGGGAAGAGCAACGAGAUGGCGACGUUGCCUGGAUAAAGGAGCGAACCUACGAGUGGCAUAGCGACGACGAAAUCUCAUCUUACCGCGGAACGCAUUACAAGCAUUGGCGCGAGUCAAGCCGGAUAGUGACAGAAAGGAUUUCAACCGAAGUCUCACCUGUGAGAUCGAGUUCGAAAGAGAUUGUCCCCGAACGUUACAGCGUAACGGACUCUGGCCGUCGCCGAACAAAUGGAGCUAAUGGCACUACAGCCGAUUACACCAGCCUCCGAUACUCCCGGAAGGACAGGACACUGAAAGAUUCCCGAAAAGAGCACUCCCCGCAGCCAGCGGCUCGAGCUGGCUCAGAGGUAUCUUCAACACGACGGAACGGCCAAUCGUACUCGCCUCCAUCGCUGCCUUCUUCCAGUCAUGGUCAUGGAAACAGUCGCACUGCGCACGUAGCAGUAUCAUCUCGAUCCCCUGCAGUGAUGGCUAGCACAUACGCCCGGCCUCGAAGUUCAACUGCGCCAACAGCCGAUACAGUCCGUCGCUCCCCGGAUAAUCCCAAUUUCUCCCUUUCGCCUUGCCCAAGGUCAAUUCCCAUGGCUGGCUACCGUGACUGGUACACGGUUAUCGGACUGGAUCACCUUAAUAUUUGCCCGUCAUGCAUGAAGCAAAUUGGAAAAACGCGCUUCCGGGACCUGUUCAUUCCCAGCCUCCCAAAAUCAGCCGAUGCAAAAGUGCGAUGCUCUCUCAGCCAGCCGUGGGCUCGAUUGGCAUUCGUGCAAACAAUGAAACUUGGUCUGAACCAUCUGGAGCUACUAUACCAAGUCACUCGACCACCAGUAGGUGGCCAACCUUGCACCGGUCGAAUCCCCUCGAUGCAAUCCUGGUACCGCGUUUCAGACCCCGAAACCGGACGGACCGUCCCGGACUUCAAUGCUUGCUCAGCGUGCUUCCGCAACUUGUCCAUUCUCAUGCCGUCUCUGUGCGAUUCAUUCCGAUCCGUGCCCAUCCUGCAGGAACGUGUCUGCGAUCUCCGUGCUGACAGCACAAGAUUCAUGCAAUACCUGGAUUUAUUCGAUGCCGCCGUCACCCACAGCAUGCAUGACCCCCAUCGCUACAUCGACCUCCGCGACUUCAUCAAAUACGCAAGACGCAAGAAUGCCAUGUACGACUGCCCUCGUGACCACGUCGUCGUCGGCGCAUGGCGUUAUAUCCCGGACCUUCCCGAAUUCACCGUCUGCGAAGACUGCUACGACGAUGUCGUCUGGCCCAUCGCCAAUAGCCCCAUUGCAAACAAAAUCACUCGGACCCCACAGCUGCUUCCCGCGCGAGGCAGCCAGCAAGCGAGCUGCUACCUGUAUAGCCCGCGGAUGAGAGCAAAGUUCCGUGAGGCCGUGCGCCUUGGGGACUUUGGGUACUUGAAGGCUGCGGUGCGGAGGCGGUACGAUGCGGAGACGAAUUUCCGGGAGAGGAAGAAGAUUUUGCUUGCGGAUGUUGCGAGGGGGUAUGAUCGGGAUAGGGAGUUGAGGCGGAAUGCGGAUGAGUGGAAGAGGAGUGAAUGA